AUGACCCGGCGAACUAGCAAGCGCAACGCCGAUGCAGCUGGCUUGACCGUAGCUGGGCUUGAAGAAGGCUCAGAUCGCGUGUCUAAAACCAGUCGCAACAAUUCACCCGCAAAACCAUCGGAUUCCAAUACUGCUCCGCCCUUGGACUCUUUCGACCUGACUGCCGACUAUAUUCCCCUGACCCAGGUUCCCGGUGCCGACGAAGAGGAUGCUGCCGCAGAAGAAAUCGUACAAGACAGCCAAGAUGAUACAGCUUCUUCCAACUUUGAAAUAUAUGGUAUUUGUCCCACCACAAUUGUGGGUGUACGCUUCUACCGAGGACGUGCCACCAAGGGCGAGCAUGUAGUCUUGAAGCGAGAACCUCAAAAUCAAUAUGACCGCAAUGCCGUCCGUGUCGAUAACGUCAUGGGUGCUCAGAUCGGCCACAUCGGACGAGUCGUGGCCGCAAAGCUUGCAAAAUACAUGGAUCCCAAUAAGAUUGUUGUAGAUGCUGUUCUUACCGGCACCAUCGGAGCUUACACCUGUCCAAUGAAUCUGAUGAUCUACGGCCCGGCUGACCCUACCGUGGCAGCGGAUUUGAAAAUGCAAUUGAAGCUGGAUAAUCUAAUACCCAAGGGAACCGACCUCGCGGAACGCGAAAAGAAGAAGCGAGAGAAGCAGCUGGAAAAAGAACGGAAAGAGGAAGCGAAGAAGGCUCGUGCCAUGGCUCUCAGCAAGGCUGCACAAGGAUGGCAGGCCAACGAAAACUCGCAAUUCGCCAAUCUAUCUACUCCCGGGGGAGACGGCGAAGGUGAAGAAAGCCUCGAGGAGCUUUUCAGCCAGAGCAAGUUCUUUAACCCAAGAGAGAUCGGUCAGGUUGUGGAGACAUUUGGUCAGAAGGAGAGUGACCUGGCUAAGAUGCCAAUGGCAGACUCGCCAGAGGCUCUCUCUACGACAUUGCUGCCAUACCAGCGACAAGGAUUGGCAUGGAUGAUCAACCAUGAAUCGCCUACCUUGCCAGCUCCUGGGUCUGAUGCUAUUGUGCAGCUAUGGAAACGUGAUGCGAACAGCUUCACCAAUAUUGCGACCAACUAUUCAACCACCACGCAGCCACCACUGGCUAGUGGUGGUAUUCUAGCUGAUGACAUGGGUCUCGGCAAGACAAUCCAGAUCAUCUCACUUAUUCUAACCAAUCCGACACCACUGAACCCCAAGUCUAGUAAAUCAACUCUGAUCAUCGCCCCUGUCGGAGUGAUGAGCAACUGGCGGAAUCAAAUCUACGACCACACUCGAAGUGAGAAUGCGCCCAGUGUUCUGAUUUAUCAUGGUACUGGCAAAAAGGAAGCUGGAAAUCUGGCGAAAUACGAUGUUGUGAUCACGAGCUACGGUGCACUUUCCAUGGAAUUCAAAGCGGAUGCCAAAACCCCGCCCGCUAAAGGUAUCUUUUCCCUUCACUGGCGCCGUGUGGUUCUCGAUGAAGGCCACACCAUCCGCAACCCACGAAGCAAGGCAUCACUUGCAGCAUGUGGCUUACGUGUGGACUCUCGUUGGACUUUGACUGGAACACCGAUCAUCAACACUCUCAAGGAUCUUUACUCGCAGAUCCGCUUCUUGAAGCUAUCCGGCGGACUGGAAGAUUUCAGUAUGUUCAACAGUGUCUUGAUUCGCCCCCUCAUGAGCGGCAUGCCCGAGGCACGUCUACUUCUCGAGGCCUUGAUGGCAACGGUGUGUCUUCGUCGUACCAAGACCAUGAAGUUUGUGGAUAUUCGCCUUCCGGAGAUGACAUCCCGGAUCCUUCGAGUCAAAUUCCACCCCCACGAGCAGGAAAAAUACGCCGCUCUACAACAGGAGGCCAAGGGUGCUCUGGUGGAGUUCAAGGACAAGCAAGGUACCUACUCGCACCUUCUGGAGGUACUUCUACGCCUUCGUCAAGUGUGCAACCACUGGGCUCUCUGCAAGGAUCGAAUCGAUGCACUCAUGGACACACUGGAGCAAAGCAAGGUUGUGCCUCUGACGGAUGAGAACGUUGCGGCCUUGCGUGAUAUGCUUCAGCUGCAAAUCGAGAGCCAAGAGGUGUGCGCCAUCUGCUUGGAUAACCUGGAGGAGCCCGUCAUAACCGCUUGCGCCCACUCCUUCUGCCGUGGCUGCAUCGAACAAGUCAUCGAGCGCCAGCACAAGUGUCCACUAUGCCGGGCCGAACUCAAAGACAACACAAUCUUGGUAGAUCCCGCCGUUGAGCUUGGCGAAGAUUCCUCAAACGUCAUUGCAGAUCCAAGCCAACCAAGUAGUAAGAUCGAAGCGCUUAUCAAAGUGUUGACUGCGAAGGGCCAGGCCCCUGGUACGAAAACGGUGGUCUUCAGUCAAUGGACUUCUUUCCUCAAUCUCAUCGAACCUCAGCUGGAGCAACGGGGUAUCAGAUUCGUCCGCAUCGACGGCAGCAUGCCGUCCAUCAAGCGAGACAACUCCAUCAAUGUGUUUUCCAACGACCCCUCAUGUGUCGUCCUCCUCGCAAGUCUGAACGUUUGCAGUGUCGGUCUCAACCUCGUUGCUGCGAAUCAAGCCAUUCUCUGCGAUAGCUGGUGGGCCCCAGCAAUUGAGGACCAGGCAGUUGACCGAGUCUACCGCCUCGGACAAAAGCGAGAGACUACCGUGUGGCGACUGGUUAUGGAGGACAGUGUCGAGGAACGUGUGAUACAGGUACAGGAGCGCAAGCGUGCUUUGAUGUCGGCUGCUUUCCGCGAAACUGGCAAGAAGAAGGCCGAGGAUAGAGCUACGCGUGUGGCUGAUCUGGAGAAUCUGCUGGUGUGA